UAUAACCGUGCUAGGUGGAGAAAGGCAGGGUGUUGGUGACGGUUCCCUCUAGAUGGGCGUUGUGAGGAACUUCCUUCUGUAUUCCUUCAGGUGUGUGGGCCUUGUCAAAGCUAUCUCGGGUAAAGUCGGCCCAGCACCGGAGAAAGCCGUCAUGAGUGCCGCGGAACAGUCACCGGAAAAACCGGACAAAGACGCCGAAGCAAACGUAACUGUUCCCGAGGUGGCUGCUCUGGGGCUGACCACGAUGGUUCCGUCCACCAACCACCUCUCUCCCGGUCCGCCCCCCAACACCAUGAACUACGCGGACAUCGACUUCAAGAACAUGCCGGCAAUACCAGGGAAACCGGCCAGGGACGGCCAAGAUGGCGACAACGUCAGGGUGAAGCCUGAGGACUUGACGUCCAUGUACGCAACUAUUCUCCCCAAACACAUGAGGCCAAACAAAGGUGCUUCGGAUGUGCCACCACCUGACGUGAGCCCUGCCGACCGUAAGCGCAUGGCCAUGUACAACCCCGAAGUUGACAGUCCGGAGCCUCCCAAAGAACCGAGCACCCCUCCCCUUCCGGACCGCACGGAAGACGCGAAGGAUAAGAACAUCCCGGAAGUCACAACAACGCCCCCUGACGAUCUGGACGACCUUGAAGAGGACUUCAAUCCAAACUAUGCUAGGAUUGAUCUAAAGGAUCUGGUAGGGCUGAAGCUGAGCUGUGACAGCGGGACGUGGAAGAACAAGCGGGAGUCGUGCACGGACAGCAUCUCCGCUGAUGAGGUGGAGGAGGAGGGAGCUUCAGCAGCGGCAGACUGUCCUGUCAUACUGGAAAAACAUUAUAAUAUGUACCUCACCGGUGAAAAACCGGAUGCAUGA